CUUGAGCUUUUGGUUGAGUUGGUUCCUUGACUUGGUAUCAGAGCCAUUAAAGCUUAAGAUACUAGCUUUAAAGAUCAGACAUGGGAGACAUGGAAGAAGGAGCGAAUGUACAACGGCCACCACUGCUGAGAGGACCAAACUACAACUUCUGGAAGGGGCGCAUGAAGGCAUUUUUGAAAUCACAAGGUGGAAGAGUCUGGAGAAGCGUAGAAACUGGCUGGCAGAUUCCUACAAAGACAAUUGAAGGAUCAGAUGCAAAGAUUCCCAAAACAUUUGAGGAAUACUCAAAGGAGGAAGUUGCAGCUGCUGAAUGCAAUGACAAAGCCUUAAAUGCAUUAUUUGGAGCAGUGGACAGCUCUCAAUACAGACUCAUUGCAAAUUGCACUGAAGCACAGAAGGCGUGGAAGAUUCUAGAGACAACCCAUGAAGGAGAUGAGAGAGUCAAGACAGCAAAAUACCAAAUUCUCAUGACAAAAUUUGAAAAUCUCAGAAUGGAAGAUAAGGAGAGUAUCACUGAAUUCCAUGGCAGAGUGAGAGAUUUGGAAAAUGAAGCAGAACGUCUUGGAAGACCUUUUGAAGAAGACUAUCUUGUUCUAAAGGUGCUGCGCGCCCUACCAGAAAGCUACUCUGUUGAUGCCAAGGCCAUACGUCAAGCGCAUGAUCUAAAGAGGAUGACGCUGGAUCAAUUAAUGGGAAAUCUUGAAACCAUUGAAUUGGCCAUGUCAGAAGAACAAAAGAAGAAGAAGACAGAGAAACAAAUAGCAUUUCAAGUGGGUGAUCUAGAUCCAGAAAAUGAUGUCAUAUCAGAUGAUGAUUUUCAAGAGCAGCUCUCACUGUUUACCAAACAGUUUACAAAAAGGUGGCUCCAGAAAAAGGGUAAACAGGCACUUAUGCAAGAUCCUCAGAGAAGUUCUCAAAUCAAAAUAAUGAAAGAGAAGGAAUUCAAGGCACAACCUUCAGAAGCAAGGAGAAGAGGGCCACAGUGUUUUGAGUGUGGUGGCUUCGGUCAUAUUCAAACAGAAUGUGCAAACAACAUGAAAAAGAAAAGGCAGGCAUUUGCCUCAACUUGGAGUGAUGAAGAACCAGACACUGAAGAUACUGAUGGAGACAGUAACUGCGCCUUUGUCACAUUAGAAGUACAAGAGGACUCUGAAGAGCAGCUAAAAAUACUCCAAGAAAAAUGGAGUGAUCUGCUUGAUAUUAAUAAGAAGAAUGUAUCUGAAAAUCUCCUAUUAAAAACUAAACUGCAGAUCUGCGAGCAAACUGUUGAGAAGCUGCAACACGAGCUGAGCCAAAAGGAAACCAAAAAUGCUAAUCUGAGACAUAAACUUGAUCAUCAUAUGAAGUACCAGAAAUGGAUAAAUAAAGCAGGAGCAGGAAGUGCACAAGAAUGGAUGCUGAGCACAGAGGCAAAAGCCAUUGAACACCAAGUUGACAUCUCCAAGAUGUAUGGAGACAGAACUGGGCUGGGUUAUCCAAAAGAAGAAUCAACCAAAACACCACUAGAUCUCUUCAUCAAACGGAGUGAUCGCAGGAAAGAAAUAGACAGUCUUCCAGUCAAAGCUCCACAAAUGACAACUGGAGACAACAAAAGUUUGAAGAAUAUGCAGGAAAUAGAGGGAGGCAGUGUCAGAUUUGGAGGAGGGGCGCAUGGACAGAUUAUUGGAUGUGGAACAUUAAAUGUCACUGGACUUCCACCUAUCAAGAACGUCUGGCUAGUUAAGGGAUUACAAGUAAACCUUUUAAGCAUCAGUCAGAUAUGUGAUCAAGGUUUAGAGGUGACCUUUACUCAACAAAAAUGUAGAGUAAAGGACAAGAACAAGUUGGUUGUGCUAGAAGGCGAUAGAACAACAGAAAACUGUUAUAGAGUGAGCCCCAACAUCCUAUGCUACACGACCAGUGAGAAAGAUGCCAGAUUAUGGCAUUACAGACUAGGGCACAUCAACUACAAGGACUUGGCAACUCUUUCUAACUCAGGAGUUGUGAGAGUCAUGGAGUCUACAAAUGUGAUUGUUGAUGAUCGGAUGAAGAGAAAGAACCAGGAUGAUCCAGAAGAGGCUCCAGCAACUGAUAAAACACCUGGUGAAUCAAAUCAAGAAGCUCAGCCAGAAGAAACAAAUGCAACUGAAAAUGAGGAACAAGUACCAGAGACAGCUACAGUUCCCACACAUAUUCAAAAGAAUCAUCUUAUGAAGAAUGUCAUCGGAUCACCAACAGAAGGGAUAAAGACCAGGAAAAAGACCAUAAAUUUUCUUGAGAUGACAAAGGCUUACUACACAUCAACUUCAGAACCCAAAAACAUAAAAGAGGCGCUUACUGAUGAAGCAUGGAUAAAUGCAAUGCAUGAGGAGUUAGAACACGCCAUUUACACUCGUCUUCUCCGAGCACAAACCCUAACUCUCUGCAAGAAAAUUUGCUCGGCAACAAUGGUGAGAAGCAAAAUUGCUAUACCACAGAAGUUCAAUCACUCUAAGGGUUCCAAACCGCAGCCCUCCUGGUUCAAGAAGUAUUGCCAAGUCCGCAAGAAACUUCAAGAAACAAGAGAGGACGAGGAACGAGUGGUGAAUCCAGGGUCUCCAGCAAGUAUCCCUCACAUGCAGCAGCAAGAAGAUGAUGUAGCACAUCUUCAACCUUCAGAUCUACCACAGAUGCUGCUCAUUGAAUAUCACAACACCGAUGGACCAACUCAGCCUCCACCAGACGCACCAGUUCAAGAAGAUGAAGAGUUCAUUCAAAUCUUGGAUGAAGAUCCUCUUGUGGCAGUCUCAAAAGUCCCUUUUCAAGAAGACUCUGCAGUGAAGAAGAGCAAAAAGAAAGAGAUUUCCAGCACAGUCCCUCAACGAAGAUCUAAGAGAAAAUUGAAGCUGGAGGAAGACUCAAGUUCAGAAGCACCACCCCAGAAGAAGCAGUCUACAUCAUCUACCCCUAUGAUUUCUGCAGCAGAUGUCACACCGGUGGUAAAAACAGGAAAGUCUCCUCACUCUCGCUUUGUUUCCUCAAAAGCUAGAUCUCUUUUCAGUAGUGUGCACAAGAAAUAUAUUAUUGUUCAAAGAAAAAUUGAUGUGGAAGAUUUUAAACUCAAGACCAAUUUGAUUCCUCUCCUUGAAAAAUCCAAAUUGUUGAGAUCUGUCACUCUUCAAGGAUCCUUUGUGAAAUCUGUUAUCUGUGAGUUCUACUGCAACCUGUCUGAAUCUUGUGCUGAUCAUGCUGACCCUAUGUUUCAUAAGGUGUUCUUGCAUGGAAAGACCUAUAAACUCUCCCCUGCUCUUAUUAAUACUGCUCUUAUUAAUACUGCUCUUGAUCUUACCCCUAGCAAAAAGGACACCACAAUCUCUGAAAAAACCAUGUGGGUUGCAGCACUUCACUGGCUUCCAACAACACACACCAAUACUGUUUCCAAAACUAUGGCCAGACUGCUCUACAAGGGUUUCAACAAAGAUGAAGGGGAGGAGAAGGAACAAGAAGAGCCACCACUCCAAGUGGACAGCAGACACAUGGAGGGAAAGCACUACAAUGACAUGGAGGUUGCUGCUUCAACAACUACAAAAUACAAGGAGACACCCUCUUUGGUGAGAUUCUUGGAGCAGAAACUGAUGCAGGUUAAGGAGGAGCUAGCCAGGACUUUACAGCUGAAAGAUAAACUGGAGAUUGAGAAGGAUCAGUUGGUGGUGUUGAUGCGCCAGGCUAGGGAGGCACAUCCAGAUGAGGAGCACACAGACUCAGCAGAGGAGAUCAUUGAGAGCACUCAUUCUGAUGAACAGGAGAGUCACACUGAGGGGGAGAGAGUAUGUGUUUUGCUCACUUGUGACUUGCUUGUGGAUUUCGCUGUUUUGUUUGGGUUUGUUGCUGUUGGAUUUGCUCUAUGUCUAUCUAUUCAGCAGUUGGUGAAGCACUUUGUUUUACAACUUCAUAUUAGAAAGUGCUUCAGCAACCUCUGCGGCAACUUGUUCUGUUUUAGAUUGCUACAGGUCGUACUCUGUGGAAAGUGAAACUUUCACUGGUGACCGCUAGUUCCUCUGGUCAGCAAAACACUUGAGCUGCUCAGCAAAACACUUGAAUAUAACUCUGGUCCUGGG